AUGCAGCUUCCCUAUGAUGAGGCUGUGGACAUGUGGACUCUUGGUGUGACAGCUGCAGAGAUGGCCACUGGAUACAUGCUGUAUCCCGGAGACACGGAGUAUGAUGUACUGAGCUACAUCACACAACUACAGGGGCAGCCUGAAGAUCAUGUUGUGGACAAGUCAUUGAAUCCUGGGUACUUUUUUACUCCAGAAGAUGCCGCCCCACGGCGUUGGAGACUGAAGUCACCAGAGGAGUUUGAACAACAAUCAGGAUACCUGCCUCAGCUCAAGUACCACAGUCUUGACAGUUUGGAUGACCUCGAAGAGCUGAUGGACCUGCAGAGAGGACAUGAGGAAGAUCACCAUCUGUUCAUGGACCUUGUUAAAAAGAUGUUGGAUACAGACCCAGAGCAGCGCAUCAAACCCCAUGAAGUCCUGCAACAUCCCUUCAUGACUGAAAUGGUCCCCCAAAGAUCCUUUAGGGACAAGGUCAUGAUGGAGUCCGAGGCAGCAAUAUCUAUGGACACCCUCAGCUCUGAAUACCACCAACCUGAGGAGAGGCAGUCUCAAGAAGAGGAGAUAGUGGUCAUGAUGGAGUCCGAGGUUGCGAUACCUAUGGACACCCUCAGCUCUGAAUACCACCAACCUGAGGAGAGGCAGUCUCAAGAAGAGGAGAUAGUGGUCAUGAUGGAGUCCGAGGUUGCGAUACCUAUGGACAGACCAGUGUUGUUUUUGGCAGGCAUUUUAGAUUUAGUUUAAGUCUUAGUCAUUUUGACGAAAUGCUUCUUCGUUUUAGUCCCAUUUUAGUCAUUCUAUCCUUGAUAGUUUUCGUCUAGUUUUAGUCCGACGAAAACUCAAAAGGUUUUAGUCUAGUUUUAGUCGACGAAAAGGUGCGUUUUGAAGUCCGUGGUGUUCUUUCCCCGACAGUUUGAAGCCGCAGCACGAGGAAGCUGUGGCUCCACAACUGUCGUCUGUCUCGUCUCCCCGUCCCCGUACAAGACAUUGUUUUUAUUGUCACUUAGACUGUAUCUGAAGUAGGACCAUAAAUCAUCCCUCUUUUUUCAGCCACCGGGCACCGCUGCUGUGCCUGCCGCCACGGUGUGUGUUUGCGCGCGCCUCGUCCACCUGCCGCUCUGUGUAUGUGUAUGA